AGGAAAGCUGUGGAAUUGACGGCCUGACUCGGUUCCGAAUUGGUCCCGACGGAAUUCCUCGACUGACGUGGACAAAUACUGUAAUUAUGAUUGUCAAGAUGUACAAUUAAGCUUGCGCUGCUUGGUUCGCUACUCAAGCGUUGGGGCGAAGGACGUCCACCGACGUCAGCAAGCCACCGACGAACGCUCUGCAAACAAGUGCCAAGAAUCAGUCAUGCCGUUGCUGCAGCUCCGGCCCACCGUGACCGGUAGGGCGGCGUGGCCAGGGAGGCGCCCGCUCCUCCCCCCAAUGUGCGCGGCGUUGCGGCACGUUUUCCGCGAUCGCUCUCUGGACUCGGGCGAUGACACGUACGCCUCAUUUGCGUCCCAGGAGCAGCAGCUGCUGCCUGCGCAGGCGCCCCCGGCCGCCCAGGCGCAGCAGCCGGGGCGCCAACCAGCCGCUAUGCCGGUGCCCGGGGGCACCCCCACCGCCAGCCACCCGCACCCGCCGCACCGCCACUCCGUACCCGUGGCCCACCAGCGCCACCUGCACACGCACGGCCACCCUCUCCACCACCGCAAGGGCCCGGAGCUGUCAGGCGACUGGCGGGCGCUGUAUCUGGGCGCCCGCCUGGCCUCAUGGAGUGGGCUGUGCUACCUCCCACAGCCGGAGCUGGAGGCGGGCCUGGCGGGCGAGGGGCUGCAGCUGGUGGCGUACGGCCGGACCGCCUACACCUGCUGGUAUGUGGCGGACGGGGUGGUGGACUUUGACGCUCUCCAGCGCCGGGCCCAGCCGCAGCCCCCGGGCCAGAGGUCUGCAGCCGCCGCCGCCGCGUCCACUGCCUCCGGCAUGGGUACGGAUGCGCAGGCCAGUAGCAGUAGCAACGGCAGCAGCGGCACCGGCAGCGCACAGCACGCGCCGCAACAGCACGGCCAAAAGCAGCACCCGCACCCGCAGCAGCCGAAGCACGGGGUGGUGGUGAAGGAUGGACGCAUCCACCUGCACCUGCAGCAGCCCGCGCCACCCCACCUGCACCUGCCCACGCCCCUGCACAACGCCGCCCACCGCCCUCACACCGCCAGCAGCACCAGCAACAGCAGCGGUGGCAGCAGCGACCGCAGCAGCUCGCAUGGCAGCGGUGCACACGCCUCCGAUGGUUCCGCAAGUGCCAGGCAUGCGCCGCCCGCACCUGCAGAUGCCACCAGCUCUUUGGAGAGCGGCACGCGCUGCCGCUUCAUCUUCCUGCGGGGCGUGCAGUGGUCGGCGCCGGAAACCAACACGCUGUCGCUGUCCACCUCGCUCGCCUCCUUCUGGCCCACGCCGCUGGUGCCGCCCGCCGAGAUCGCGCCGGGCGCCGCCGCGCCGGCGGGAUCCACGGCAGGCGCCACGGGCGGCCCGGAUCCAGCAGCCGGGUCUGGAUCCGGAUCUGGAUCCGGCCCCGAGCACCUGGUGGCGCACAGCGGCGUGGCGGCCAUGGCUCGGGAGCUGUACCCGAUGCUGCUGCCGCACAUCAGGUCAGCUGCGGGCUCGGGCGCUCAGCACGUGGUGUUUGCCGGCCACUCCAUGGGCGGCUCACUGGCCAAGAUGAUGUGGGCCACGUCAAUCAUGAGGGGCGUCAUCUCGCCCGCCGCAGCCUCCUGCCACACCUUCGGCUCGCCACCCGUGCUCGCACACUCCGGUGGCGGCGGCGGCGCGCGCGCGCUGCGCUUCCUGCGUGCGCCGCCCGCCUCCUGCGUCAACUGGGUCCUGGAGCACGACCCCAUCCCGCGCGCCAUGCUCACAGCCGACCCCUACCUGACGGCGGCGCGCAAGGCCGUGCCGGGGCUGUCGGCGCUGCUGGCCCUGCGCGGCGCGGUGCUGGGCGAGGGCAGCGCGCUCAGCAGCGGCCGCUUCCUGUACGAGGCGCUGGGCGAGACCAUGCUGCUGCGCUGGUCCAGCAAAGGCGGCUGCGAGGUGGUGCCUGUGUCGGAGGCAGAGGCGGAGACGCUGCUGCAGAUGGCGGUGGAGGAGGCGCUGUCGGCGCCCAUACGCUCGCUGCAGUACUGGCUGGACCACCACCACGCCUCCUACCACCAUGACCUGGAGGCGGCGGCGUUGGCGGCCUGCAGGAGGCAGGCACGGGCCGAGGCGGCGGCGGCGGCAGCGGCGACAGCGGCGGCGGCGGUGGCGCGGGCUGCACCUGCAGGUCCACAGGUGGCAGCCGGCGGGCGUACCGCCUGAGGGCCCGGGUGCUUGGCGGGGGCCGGGGGGUCACGAUGGGCGAUGUUUGUUGCGUCGUGUGUGGGCUGGUUUAUUCGGCUCGCAGGAUAAACGGUUGAGGCCGGAGUGACUACCGCAGUUUAGGAUGGUGUCCAUCAGGGGUGGCGUGCAUUGCUGUGCGCAUGAAGAGUGACCGCUUGUGCUUUGCUUUCAAUUCAUGCUGGGUGUGCUGUUUUGCCUGUUGCCUGUUGCAUUGUGUCCAUCCAUGUACCAAUCGUGGCCGGUGUAUGCACGCGAAGGGCCGCUGUUGAGCCCGCGUGUCCGUCCGUCCCCAUCCCAGUUUUGUCUUCUGUGUGACAUUUGAUUCGUGCGCCGUUGCCUUUAUGUUGUAGUGUUUGCCGUGCCGGGUUGUUGGUUGCAUGUGCCGAUUGUGGCAAUCGUGCCAGAGCCCGAAGUUGGUUCCUUCUGGUUCUCUGGAGUUCUCCAGCUCGCCGCCCUGGGACCUGGAUCGCGCUUGUUGGGGCCCACUCCUGGACCAGGCGGGUGGCUGGGUUAUGCCCCGCCUGCUGAGGCAAGGUAGGUAGGGGGCUUACGUGUUCCGCGGUGACGUGUUCCGCAGUGGCGCGUGCCUCAGUGGCGCGUGGCCGCGUGCCAUGUGUUUCUCUGACCCUGCGUAUAGACCCUGAGCCAGGGGGGUCCCGCGCGUGGACCCUACUCCUGGCGGUGCCUAGCACGUUAGACCGUGCGGUUGUGGGGUGUAACAGCAACUUGCUAAUGAGCGUUUAUCUCGGUAAAGGUACAAGUAACUGCCUCGUACCCGGGUGCUGUACCAAUGCCCCGACAGGGGGGGGUAGUUUCGACUGGGAAAGGCCCCAUGUUCUAAAACGAAAGAGCUUGACGAGAAGACUCCAAAUCCACUUUCAGAGUUUCAAUCAGGGUAGUAAUUGCAAAGUUAUGGGUCCUCAAAGUUCAGGGUCGGUCGUCGGGGUUGGGGGUCCCCAAGGUUUCGUCACGCGGAUGUGGGUGGGACUGCCAGAUUUCGUCUCUGCGCCCUAAACGCCCCUCUAAACGCUCCGCCCAUUAGCACAAGUACUAGCACACAUUAGCAUGCACAUACUAAAGCAUUUGCAGAACGUUUGGCCUCUGGAAACCGGCCGCAUGUCCGUCCACAUCGGCGUUGUAGUAGCGUAGAGCCCCACUCGAGCGUCUCUCACUGUUGUCAUGGAGACUAUGCGAUCUGAUGCUAACGUGUAACGGCCAAGGCUU